UGUCCGUGGGUUGCUGCCGAUGUGAGCGCUGAACUGCGCCGCUUUAUUCUCGCGCCUCCCUCCCCGUUACAUUGCAUACAUUCGGUUUGGUAACUAUCAUCCUCAGUGUUGGAAAGCAUUUAGUUAGACUGACGUUACCGAAUCCUCAAUUUAGUUAUUGCGUGAGGAGGGGAUGUCAGCCGGUGCACAGGACCAGAGGAAGAACCAGCAGCCUCAAGGAAAUGCGCCGAAGGAGGGAGUGGUAGCGGAGCCGGAGGAGCCGUUCGAUGCUUGGCGCACGCACCAACACCCGAGCUACAGCACGGCCAUGUCUGGCAUGGCUUCGGCCGACCCGUACAUGUCCAACUACUAUGGCGGCACGGCGGCCGGCUACCCGCCGUACCAGACGUUCGGGGUCGGCGACGGCGCCUGGUCCAACGGCGGCGACCACCUGGCCUUCAUGGGCGGCUACAGCCAGCCGCCCGUGCAGCCCGACAGCUACAACAUGGACGGCAUGUUCGGCGGCCAGGGCUUCGGCGGCUUCGGCCAGCCGGGCUUCAACUACGGCCCGUUCCAUGGUAACGGCGACUACUCAGCCUGGGGCAGCGGCGUCGGUCGGAAGUACGACGACUAUUACCGCGGCGACCCGGCCGCCUACGGCGCCGACGAGCGCGGCAUCAAGCAGGUGGAGCAGGGCAUGCAGCGCCUCAGCGUGGACCCCAAGCACGACCCGCGCGUGUACGGCGACCUGGCGCCGCCGGGCGGGCCGCAGAAGAAGUCGUGGGCCAGCAUCGCCAGCCAGCCGGCGCGGCCCGUGCCGCUCGCGAACAAGAUGGUGAUGCCGCUGGUGGGCGGCGGCACGCGCGACGCCAUCGGCAUGUGGGACGGCAAGAACGGCGGCCCCAAGCCGGUGGGCCCGCCGGCGUCGGCGCGACCUGGCUGGCUGGCGCCGCGCGGCCGCGGCGCGCCGCCGCUCGGCUACCCGCCGCAGCCGAUGCCGGCGCAGCAGGCGCCGGCGCCGCCGCCGGCGCACCCCGUGCUCGACGAACUGCGCGACCGCAACGAGUACAACCCCAAGGAGUUCGACCUGAACCCGAAGAACGCCCGCUUCUUCGUGAUCAAGUCGUACUCGGAGGACGACAUCCACCGGUCGAUCAAGUACGAGAUCUGGUGCAGCACGGAGCACGGCAACAAGCGGCUGGACGCGGCGUUCCGCGAGCGCGACGGGAAGGGCCCCAUCUACCUGCUGUUCUCGGUCAAUGGCAGCGGACACUUCUGCGGCAUGGCGCAGAUGCUCUCGUCGCUGGACUAUAACUCGUCUGUGUCCGUCUGGGCGCAGGACAAGUGGAAGGGACAGUUCAAAGUGAAGUGGAUUUAUGUGAAGGACGUGCCCAACUCGCAGCUGCGACACAUCCGGCUGGAGAACAACGAGAACAAGCCGGUGACGAACUCGCGCGACACGCAGGAGGUGCCGGCCGACAAGGGCCGCCAGGUGCUCAAGAUCAUGCACUCGUACGGCCACCGCACCUCCAUCUUCGACGACUUCGUGCACUAUGAGCAGCGCCAGGAGGAGGAGGAGGGUCGGAAGCCGCAGGCCCACCACGCAGCCAAGGAGGACGAGGAGCUGCCGGCCGGCCGCGGUGAGCGGGGGCGCGGCCGGGGCCAACGGAACUAGGCGGCCCGCGGACGCCGCCGGCGGGCCGCGCGCGCCGACGCUGACGCGCUGCCGGGGGAGUGGACGUCAGGACGGAGUGGCCACCGUAUCUAAUGGACGCCAAAACACGCGUGGCCACCGUAUCUAACGGACGUGAAACCUAUCGCAGCCACUGCAUCCAGUGAACGCCAAAAGAGGUGGCCGCGGCAAUCAGUGAUAGUUGGGACACUCAGCUGCCCCGUUUCCAGUGGACUAAAAAACACGCGGCUGCGUAUCCAGCGACCACGUUACAGGUCGCUGCCGCAUCCAUCGGCCGCAAAAAGGCCUGACUGCACUAUCUGAUGACGGCAAAAGGUGUGGCUACGAUUACAAGUGGCGUGCAACGCUGAAUUGUUCGGUUAUUUGUUUGUCUGCAAAACGCUACCGUGGGCCUUUAAAGGACGGUUUUUGGUAAUCAGGCCUCUGUGAAUUUCAAGAAAUCUGUGUGUCUUGUGUGGUGGAUGGUGGUAUGAAUGUGUGGUCGGCAGUGGUCGCACAGUUUAUCUGACUCGAGCAACGUUGAGAGUAUCGAUAAGUAUCUAAACCUAAUUAAUGGAAUGCGAAUGUUUCAUGUUGCCAGCUUAACCGCACAGAAGCUUCUCAUUUGCCUCCGGUGAUCUUUGCCCAGAAGCUCUUCACGUAACCCAAGUAGACUGUCAAAUGCUGCUAGGACUGGUAGCGGGCGUGCUGGGAAGACGCGUUUGUUACGGAACUGCACCUUGUAAUAGCUAACCGCGUAUUAGACAGCCCCAAUUGUCAGGUGUUUCGAGUGUCCGCCUUAAUGGAAGCUGGCGACAGCUUGCUGUUUGGAGCCUUCCCACUUUCCUGCGUUGAGCCGCCUGAUAAUGUUUAUCAAGUAGUUUUAUUUUGGUUUUAGUAUGCAACUCGCCUGCAUUAUACUUUGGGUGGACACAACGGCCCGCAGAUCACCGGUGUCAAUCAGUAUAUCUUGUGUUUGACAAGUGCAGUAGCAUGCUAUUGCAACCCCGUUACUGUAUGAAAUCACAACGAUCUGCCGUAACAAGGCAUGCUAUUGAAUGUGCGGAAAUGGUUGGACAUGGCACGCAAUUGAUGGCGCAGUUAUGAUUCAUUGGCAAUGUUGUGGCCGUCGUUUUGGUUGAUUCGGCCUUGUCCAACGUCCAUCCUGCUGCAAUCGGUUCAACCGCCCGCCGCGAAAGAAACCGAAAUCCCAACUUACCGCUCCCUUCCAGUAUUGUGCGUACUCUUCCACUUCCCACAGCGGGGUUAGUCUGUUUCAGCGGUGCUGCCGGUGUGUCUGUGUAGAACUGGGCACCAUCUGACGCUGCUCUGUGGCGGGGAUAUCGGGAAAUAUAAGGACGAGUCUGGA